UUUAAGCAGAACGUUUGGCUUGGGGUAACAGGCAUUCUCUUCUCAAAUUUUACAAUGAAGGUUAUUCUCUGUCUAGCUGUUCUCGUUUUUGCCCAGUCUUUGGGACAAGUUCUUCUCCCAUAUGAGAGGAACUGGGCCAAGAUUGAGGAAAAAUGGGCCAAUCCAAGCGUUCCCCGCGAGGCCCGCCGUGCGGAAGAAAUCCCAUUGAGGAACAAGGCUACCAGGGAAACCAAGGACUUCCGCGCUGUUUGCGGAACCCCAAAUGCCGCCCGCAUCAUCAACGGAGCUGAGGCUACUCCUCAUGAAUUCCCAUGGGUUACUGCUCUAUUCAUCUCCGGUGGAUCUUUCUGUACUGCUGCACUCAUCUCUGACCAAUGGGUUUUGACUGCCGCUCAUUGCGCUGAUGGUGCUCUCUACUUUGAUGUCUACUUGGGAGCCCACAAUGUCCGAAUCACUGAACCCGAACGUCUUGAGAUCCGCGCCAACGAGAAAUACAUCCACCCCGACUGGAACUCUAACACUUUGAACGGAGAUGUUGCUCUCAUCAAGCUCCCAGCUCCAGUUGACAUUAGCGGAAACAAUAUCCGUCCCAUCUGCCUCCAAGACCCAACUGACACCAACCUCUACGUUGACGCUGAAGCCCACAUUGCCGGAUGGGGAAAGACUGCCGAUGGUCCCGGUGGAAUCAGCCCGACUUUGCAGAAAUCUACCGUCACCGUUAUCAGCAACGCAGAAUGCCAAAACACCUACGGCCUCAUCAUCAGGCCAAGCACCAUUUGCACAUCUUUCACUGCCACCAACUCUGGCACUUGCAACGGAGACAGCGGCUCUGCUAUGAGCGUCAUUAACAGCAACGGACAAUACACCCAGAUCGGUGUCACCUCCUUUGUUUCCUCUGCUGGAUGCGAAUCCGGAAACCCCGACGGAUAUGCUCGCGUUUCCAGCUACCUGUCCUGGAUCAGCAGCAUCACCGGCUUGGUUCUGUAAACACAUCUUUAGGACGAUUCAUUUCAACUACUUGUUUGAACUGAUAAAUGCAAUCCAUGUAAUUGACGAAAAAACAAAAAGUAAUAAUAAAAGAUUUUAUUGGCA